GUGUUUGUGUUAAUGUCCCAACAGGCUAUUUUAUUUUACGGCAUUUGAACUUAUUGUAUAAACGCAUCUAUAAAUGAGGCGAAAGCCGAAAAUGCCAAAUGGAGGCCGAGCUCCAUGGAGACCUUAGUUUGAAAUUUUGCACACGUACACAUUACAUCCUUGUAUACAUGUGUAUUUUUUUAGAUUUUUUUGAAACAGAAAAUUUUGAAUUUUUCAAAAUUAAGGCCUCCAUGAAGCGCGGUUUCCAAAAUUCCCUACUCGGCAAAAGCAUAUUGCGAGAAAUGGAAUAUUUAAGAAAUAUUGAACACGCUAACAAAUUUAUUUCAUUUGUCCUAUCAUUUUUUUUGUGUACGAAAGGAAGAAGGUCUGAUAAGAAGUGUCCUUACAUUUUUUUAGUAGGGAAGAAGGAAGUCGUAUGUACAUGCAAAACGGCUAACCUGUUAAUUAUCGGUACUAGCAGUGAAUGCCAUUAAUUACUCGCAGAUGAGCGCUUCAUGUUAAUUCUCCGAAUUCGAAACUGACGCAUACGCUUGUGGAAGUUAACCCCUCUUGUUGUCCUAUAUAAGCACGUCAAUUCCUCUAAAACUUCACCAAAUCAACUGAGCACACAUUCACCGAUGCAGCAGGUGACCAUGUCUCCUUCCAUCUGCCUCGCCAUCUUGUUGCUUGCACUGGUCUCGCCGUCACCGGCAUCAGCCAGCAUUACCAACAACAAUGGCGUCGCCGUCGCGGCCCCUAGAGUGCCCGUGGCGUUCCAGUUCCUGCAGGGGCACAACGACGCGCGCCGCGAGGUCGGCGUGGCACCCCUGGAGUGGAACUGGACGCUGGGGCAGGACGCCAAGCGGUACGCGGCCCAGCUCGUCGUCCGCUGCAAGCUGGAGCCGCCAAACGGGAAACAAGACGGCGCCGCCGCCACCGGCUCGUGGGUGUACGAGCGGCGGUGGUACGACCACGGCGCCAACGCGUGCGCGCCCGGCAAGGAAUGCGGGUCCUACAAGUUGGUGGUGCGGAACACCACGCGAGAGCUCGGCUGCGCCUGCCGCACCUGCCGCGGCAGCAACGACACCGUGGCUGUUUGCAGCUACUCCCCUGGCGGCAACUUCGCCGACCCGCCAUACUGA